UCUAAAGGCUGGAGACAACGACCAACAUUUUACAAAAGGGGAAAAGGGGUGUUUUUUCUAAAAAUCACCGAUUCCUGCAAUUUUCAUCUCUCUUGUGCUCUGUAUUCACUAUUCUCUACACUGCACCUACUGCGCGCUCUCUCUCUCUUCAUUAGCUUCUCGAGCUCUGUAUAAGCAGUGUCCAUGUCGGCAUGUCCCGCGGUUCACCGUAGCUUAUGCAGAGUCCCAUUUGUGAUAAUUCUGUUACUCUCAUCCCUCUUCGUCAGACUAGCAAAUGCGGCGGUGCUGGACUCAUGCUCUGCUGCCACGGACUGUGGUCCAGGGCUAUACUGUGGCAACUGCCCUGCUUUGGGUAGGACUCAGCCUCUCUGCACCAGAGGCCAAGCUAUCACACCCACGUCAAUUAUUGGAGGGUUGCCUUUCAACAAGUAUACUUGGUUGGUGACUCAUAAUUCGUUUAGCAUUGUGGAUGCACCGCCUUUGCCGGGAGUCCAGAGGCUAACAUUUUACAAUCAAGAAGACUCUGUCACCAAUCAAUUGAACAAUGGAGUGAGGGGACUGAUGUUGGAUAUGUACGAUUUUGCGGAUGAUAUCUGGCUCUGCCAUUCAUUUCGGGGGCAAUGUUUCAACUUCACUGCCUUUCAACCUGCCACUAACACUUUGAGGGAAGUGGAAGCGUUCUUGAGCCAAAACCCAACUGAGAUUGUCACCAUUAUAAUUGAGGACUAUGUCCACACUCCAAAAGGGUUGACAAGGCUGUUCGCUAAUGCUGGGUUGGACAAGUAUUGGUUUCCUGUGUCUAAAAUGCCCAAAAAGGGUGAUGAUUGGCCCACUGUGAAUGAGAUGGUGCAAGCAAAUUACCGGCUUUUGGUUUUCACUUCUAUUGCUUCUAAGGAAGCAGAGGAAGGAAUUGCUUACCAGUGGAAGUAUAUGAAGGAAAAUGAGUCCGGUGAUCCAGGGGUGAAAUCAGGCUCAUGUCCAAACAGAAAAGAAUCGAAGCCACUUACAUCGAAAAGUGCAUCUCUUUUCCUAAUGAAUUAUUUCCCAACAUAUCCAGUUGAAGAUCAAGCAUGCAAAGAGCAUUCAACCCCACUCACUGAGAUGGUUGGUACAUGUUAUAAAGCAGCAGGAAAUGUGAUGCCCAACUUUUUGGCCGUCAACUUCUAUAUGAGGAGUGAUGGAGGUGGUGCUUUUGAUGCUUUGGAUAGAAUGAAUGGCCAUACUGUCUGUGGCUGUAAUACUAUCACUGCCUGCCAGGCUGGAGCACCUUUUGGAUCUUGCAAAAAUAUUGAUGUACCGAAUAGAAGUCCUGUAACCAGUACUGCUGGAAACGUUUCUGGGUCCGUUCAAUUCACAAAUUCAGCUUCAACAGUCCAUUCUUCAAGUUACUUAAUUUUAGUAUUCAUUAGUGGUGUUUUUGUUAUGAUGAAUGUAGUGAGAAAUCAGUAGGUAGAACAUUAUUGACCAAACUGUUGUAGCUGUCGGUAGUAUGUCAAUAAGCGAAUUUUGGAUCCAGAACCAGAACUGGUAGUACUUCAUACCUAUCUUUCUCAAUGGAAGGUCCAGAAAUGCUGCAAAGAAACGCCUGUUGAGCGGAACACUGAGCUUGAUGGUGACUAAGAGAUGCAGGCGUGCUGCAAAGGUACUCAGGUUUCUUGUGGCGGCACAGUACGAGGUUAUAGGAGUAAAGGAAUGUAAGUGCAACAUGUUAUCCUGGUAGUUGUUUUUAACAUUCUGUACCUUUUCUUUUGCCCUGAUUUUCCUUUGAAGCUUACAUUUGAUGGCUGAUGCAUUUGCUCUUCACCAUAUUAUGUUUUUAUAUGGAAAUUUGGCAUUGUUUUGACAUUUUUGGAGAAUGGAAUUGGAAAGUUAGUUGUCUCCGACAA